AUGAACGCUGCACGAACUGUAUCUCUGUUCUGGAAAAUAGGCAACAGUUUCAUCUUCAAGAGUUCUUCGUUUGUACAUUAUUUUUGCAUCAAAUACUGGAAAUCUGGUGUUGCUGUAGCCACUGUCCAUCCGUCAAGUCGCCAUAAAACUCUAUAUCUUGAUGGAAUACGGGGAAUUGCGGCCCUGAUCGUCUACAUCAUGCAUCUUUCUAUGGUUUUCGACCGCACUGUGCUGCUAGGAUUUAUCCCCGGCGUAAGCGACGCUUACUACAACGUCCCCGUUCUCCCAACCGCUAGUUUAAAACGACCUUUCCGCCUAUUUGUUCCGCCGCUGGCUACAUCCUUCUCAGUUAUGCUGUUAGUUUCAAUGGGUCUGUUUCCUACAGCAAAACAGAUGGAAGCGCUUCCUGCUCAUUUGCCUGCCCAAACAGUCAUUCACCAGUCCACUUGGUUGCUACAAUUAGGGGACUGGCUGGGUUUUGUAGUUGGGAAGUUGACAAAUGCAUGGGACUGGCCAGAAAACUUGUUUGUGAACGAGAACGAGUCAUACUACGGCGCUCACCUAUGGACAAUUCAGACGGAAUUUCGUUGUUCCAUGAUUUUAUUUGCCGUCUUGACCGUACUUUCGAGCCUGCGAUGGCCUCUCGCGCGUCAUAUCUUCGCUGGGAUUGUAAAUAUAUACUGUGUUUUUUGGAACCGAUGGGAUGUCAGCCUCUUCUUGUCUGGCAUGCACCUUUCUCUCAUCAAUGCAGCACAACAAUUAGGAAGCAACGACCUACUACCUGCAAUCACUAGAGGCCCUCCGCCUGUUUACGAUAGUUACAAAAGAUCAGCUUGCAUGGCUACCCUUCGCAGAGCAGUCUUUGGAUUCUAUCCUUUUAUUUUGCUUCUUGCAGGUCUAUGGAUGCUAUCAUAUCCAGAGGAGAAGGCCGACCAAGCGUUAGGAUUUGGAUUUGCAAGUAGACUGUGCUCGAACGUAGACUUUUGGCAGUCCAUCGGUGCCAUAGUUGUCGUGUUCUCGAUAGGCAAGCUGGAUCGGGUCAAGUCAAUGUUGUCUUCUACACCACUUUUGUAUUUAGGAGCCCUCUCUUUCUCCCUCUACCUUAUUCACUAUCCGUAUCUUGAGAUGGUGGGGUGGAACCUUCAUCUUUUGUGUCGAGAGUACAUAUCCGAGGCUGCUUACAUAGCCGGCAUGAGCACAGGUGCAGGAAUGCUCAUCGGAAACCUUAUUGGGUUUUUAUUGGUGACAGUAGGUCUCGUGUGGCUAUCUGAUCUCACUAUGAGGUUAGUAGACAACCCUUCUCAAAGACUCAUCGGCUAUCUGGUCAACUGGGUAAAUUUUACUUAG